AUGUCAAAAUUAAAGUUAAAUCAUGAAGAAACUCGAGCGUUAAGGAAUGGUGAUGUGCAAGUUCGAAAAGACAGUGAUGUUAUACGAUGCAUUUGUAAUGACAUAAGUGAUGAUGGAUUCACUAUACAAUGUGAUAAGUGUGGUGACUGGCAACAUGCGUUGUGUAUGAAUAUUAUGGAAGACGACAUACCAGAACAUUAUGUAUGCAAAGACUGUGCUAAAGAGUUAAAUCAGCCUUUGAAUGUCCUUCAAAAUGUCAUUUAUGAAACUUUUGUUGAUGCUAACACAAAAGUGAUAGAUAGGAAUAGGAGUCAUAAAAAGUCAAAUAAACGUAGCAACAUAAAAAAAAAUAACUAUUGGAAAGAUGAUGAUGAUGAUGAUGAUGAUGAUGAUCUACAACACAUUACGCCUAAACUAUUGGACAAGAAGUUUAUUUUCUUAGCAAAAAGUAUUUUUAAACAAAAGCUUGUACAAAGUUUAUUUCUAGAAGUACGUAGGCAGUGGACAGAGCUAAAUAAAUCAAAAUUAACAGACAACAGUAAAAUCAAAGUCGAAUCAUCACUUCCUUCUACAAUAAGGAAGAAUCUCGAAACGAUCGUUGUUAUGGAAAGCAAUCUUUUGUUACCUGCUAUUCCUAAAACAUCAGUUCGACCUUUAAGGAAAUCAUUACGUAAAUCAUUUCAUCAACAAACUAACAAAGAAAUAGCUACGGAAAAAGGUGUAUUUGCUGAUAUUCAUAUACCUGAACAACGAUAUUUAAUGGAAGUGACUGGAGAGCUCUUAAGGAAAUCACGUUAUAAAAACAAUCCUAUCAAUAAGUUCUCAAUCAUUGGUACACCACUUGCUCAUAUUUUCUUUUAUCGUGCAAUAGAUGUUUGUAUUGAUGCUCGCUAUGCUGGAAACGAUGCACGUUACAUUCGUAGAUCUUGUUGUCCAAAUUCAGAGAUUAAAAAUAUUAUUUUGCCAAACGAUAAUAAUGAUCGAACGAUCCAUAUGGGUAUUUAUACUUGUGAAGAAAUUGAUAAAGGUGAGGAAAUUACGAUUGGAUGGAACUGGCAUAAAGGAGUACUUUUGUGGCAUAAAAAUAAAGAAUUCUUACGCAAAAAUCAUACUAUUCAUAUUAAUGCGUCUGAACGAGAACCUUUAAAGGAAAUAUUGAAAAUAAUUGAAGCAGAAUUUGGCGAGUGUGCCUGUGAAGAUAAAGAUGAAUGUUUAAUAGAGUGUUUAAAAGAUGAACUGGAAAAGGACGAUUAUCAUCAGAUUAACACAUAUUCUUCAGCAGUCAACAAGAAAAGGCGUUCAUCGCUUACUGACAAAGUACAAGACAAUAUAAAGCAUUCAAAAAAGUUUACAAAGACAAUCAAUACUCCUCGUUCAAGUGAGCUAUCUUCAUCCUAUAAUCAACAGUCUUUAAAUAGCCACAAGGAUCACUCUAAAAAAGUGACCGCGACAACGACAGCGACAGCGACAAUCACUACCACCAAAUUAUCUUCUUCAUCUAAUAAUAGUCAACACGAUAAAGCCAAUAUGGAUAUUGCUACUAUGGUAAGUUCAGCGUUAUUACAUUCGACAAAUGAAAUGCAAUUAGCUGAAGUAAAAAAAGUAUGGCAUUUUUAUUCGACUGAUAAAGACAAAUUACCAUGUAAAAAAAGGUGGUUGGCUAAAUUUGCUUUACAACAACAAAAGACAAAUCCAAGACAAUUAUCAAAAAUUGAUACAUCCAGCAAUUUGAAACCUAAUACAACACUACCUGAAACUAAAGAUACUAGUACAGAAGUUAUGGAAUAUGAUUAUGAUGAUGACCUUAGCGAUGGUAUUAGUUCGCAAUCAACUUUGCCUCUUGAAGAUACCCCAGAAAAUGUCAAUAAUCAAGCAGUCAAUCUUGAACAAAGUACUCCUUUCAAAACUAAAACUAAAGAAGAUUAUAUUUUAACAGAAAACUCGUCAAUUAAAGCUUUAAAAGAAUCUAUUAUGAAAAUGGAUUCUCAGGUUCAGCUUACAGACUUAUCGACAAUGGCUACUAAUUCAAGAAAUGAAAAAGAUUGUACAAUAUCAGAAUCUACUGAAGCUAAAAAGUCCCCGAAGAAACUCUCUAUCCAAGAAUAUUUAUCUAUGCGUCGUGGUAACUUAUCUACAACUCCUUUCGAGAAAAUAUAG